AUGGUCCCAACAGCUACUCACUUCACUUGUGGACUAGAAGAGAAGCUCCAUUCUGGGAGAAUGGUCCCUCCAGUGGCUUGCAAGGGUCUGGAUGUCAUCCUUGACAAACCACUUCAUGACAUUGUAGCUUUCAGGAAAGAGGUAGAUGGAAUCACAGUUGAUGUAGCCCUCCAGUGGUGUUCUGAUUCAUAUACUGAUAUGAUGCUGGGGUAUGCUAAUAGCAUCCGUACAAUUGAUGGCGGUACCCAUAUAGACGGGAUGAAGGCUUCAUUAACUAGAACAAUCAACAACCUUGUGAAGAAGUCCAAGGCAAUUAAGGAAAAGGACAUUAGCUUAAGUGGUGAGCAUGUAAGGGAAGGACUAACUUGUAUUGUAUCCGUCAAGGUUCCGAACCCAGAAUUUGAAGGACAAACAAAGACAAGGCUAGGAAAUCCCGAAGUUCGAAGAGUGGUUGAUCAAUGUGUUCAAGAGCAUCUUACUGAGUAUUUGGAGCUGCAUCCGGACACAUUAGAUUCAAUUCUCUCUAAAUCUCUUAAUGCUCUCAAGGCUGCAAUGGCAGCCAAGCGGGCUAGAGAAUUGGUGAGGACAAAAAGCGUCCUGAAAUCUUCUUCCCUUCCUGGAAAACUAGCUGAUUGUUCAUGUACAAAUCCUGAAGAAUCUGAAAUCUUCAUAGUUGAAGGUGAUUCAGCAGGUGGUAGUGCAAAGCAAGGUCGUGAUAGGAGAUUUCAGGCUAUUUUGCCCUUGAGGGGUAAGAUUCUGAACAUUGAAAGAAAGGACGAAGCAGCCAUGUAUAAAAAUGAAGAGAUUCAAAAUCUGAUUCUUGCUCUUGGACUUGGAGUGAAGGGGGAGGAUUUUAAGAAAGAAGCCCUUCGGUAUCACAAGAUCAUCAUUUUGACAGAUGCUGAUGUAGAUGGAGCCCACAUUCGAACUCUCCUGCUGACAUUUUUCUUUAGAUAUCAGAAAGCGCUUUUUGAUGAAGGUUGCAUUUAUGUUGGUGUUCCCCCACUCUAUAAGGUUGAGCGUGGCAAGCAUGUUCACUAUUGUUAUGACGAUUCAGAGCUUAAAAUCCUCCAGAAUAGUUUUCCUGCAAAUGCUUCAUACAAUAUCCAAAGAUUUAAAGGCCUAGGGGAGAUGAUGCCUUUACAACUCUGGGAAACCACAAUGGACCCAGAGAGUAGGCUACUGAAGAAAUUAGUCGUGGAAGAUGCUGCGGAGGCAAAUGUUGUAUUCUCCUCUCUUAUGGGUAUCCGUGUUGAUGGCAGGAAGGAACUGAUACAGAACUCUGCAAGCAUGAUCAAGCUGGAGCAUCUUGAUAUUUGAGGGCGGUCCAGGUAUCCUUUCGGGGCAGUGAUGGAGAUUCGCAUUUGACUUAUAUCCAGAAGUCUUGCUAAUGUAAUUCCCUUGUGCAUUUCAGAUGAAAUGAUAUAUUUUGCUCCACUCGCAAUUUCUUUGAGUUACAUUUUUUCUGACUCACCGGACUAAUACUAGGAGCCAUGAAGUCACUUGGUUAGUACACUUUCACCUACUGCAUGUUGAGUGUAAGGUCAUAAGAUUGGACUACCUCUAAUUCCUUUUCUUCUGGCGCUUCUGGAAACUUGACAGUUUUGUAUUUUAUUUUUCUAGUUUAUCAUUGUAAUUUCACUAUAAUUCUUCUGUGGAGGUAAACCAGUUUUCAGUUCUUGGUCAUUCAUUCACGUGACAUAUUCCAUGUACCAUCGUUAUGUUUCUCGUGUUUUGGAGUUUGAGGUGUUAGUUCGAUCUUGCAAAAGUCGCCAAUGCCAGCAAUACUUGUAUUUGAUCAUUAUGACUUUACUACUUUAAGAUGUUCAAGAUUGAUUGUAGUAAAUGCA